AUGGCCGUGAGCGCGGCGGCCCCCCCCGCCGCCGAGCCGCUGCCCCGCAGCAUCUUCAAGAAGUUCCUGGUGAUGCUCUGCUCCCUGCUCAUGUCCCUCUACGUCUUCUACUGCCUGGCCGACCGCUGCCAGACGCUGCCCGGGCCCAUCAUCGCCGCGGGCGCCGCCUCGGAGGAGGAGGAGGGCGGCGGCGGAGGGUUGCUGGGGGGCUCGGCCGAGCUGCCCCCCUGGCAGGCGGCGGCGGCGCGGCGCAAGCGGCUCCUGCAGCGGCUGAAGCAGCGGCGGCGAAGGCAGGAGGCGGCGCCGGGCGCGGAGGUGCCGGGCGGGGGCGGCGGGAGCCGGGCCGGCGGCUCGGGCGGCGGGGGAGGCACGGCCGGCACCCUGACCCUGCUGCUGGGCGAGGGCAGCAAGCGGCUGCCGCAGGCCAUCAUCAUCGGCGUCAAGAAGGGGGGGACGCGGGCGCUGCUGGAGUUCCUGAGGGUGCACCCCGACGUGCGCGCCGUGGGCGCAGAGCCCCACUUCUUCGACCGCAACUACGAGCGGGGACUCGCCUGGUACAGGGACCUGAUGCCCAGGACGCUGGAGGGGCAGAUCACCAUGGAGAAGACCCCCAGCUACUUCGUCACCAAGGAGGCCCCAGCCCGCAUCUCCUCCAUGUCCAAGGGCACGAAGCUCAUCGUGGUGGUGCGGGACCCCGUGACCAGAGCCAUCUCGGACUACACCCAGACGCUCUCCAAGAAGCCCGACAUCCCCACCUUUGAGAGCCUGACCUUCAAAAACAGGACUACGGGCCUGAUCGACACCUCGUGGAGCGCCAUCCAGAUUGGCAUCUACGCCAAGCACCUGGAGAACUGGCUCCUCUACUUCCCCAUCGGGCAGAUCCUCUUCGUCAGCGGGGAGAGGCUGAUCAGCGACCCCGCGGGGGAGCUGGGCAGGGUCCAGGACUUUCUGGGCCUCAAGAGGAUCAUCACCGACAAACACUUCUACUUCAACAAAACCAAGGGCUUCCCGUGCCUGAAGAAGGCGGAAGGCAGCAGCAAACCCCACUGCCUGGGGAAGACCAAAGGCAGGACCCACCCCGACAUCGACCAGGAGGUGGUGCAGAGGCUGCGGGACUUCUACCGGCCCUUCAACAUGAAGUUCUACCAGAUGACGGGGCAGGACUUUGGCUGGGACUGAGGCUGAGGAAAAAAAAAAAAUAAUUUAAGAAAAGGAAAAUAUAAUAUAAUAUAUAUUUUUUUUACGUAUCAGUAGAGAGGGGGGGAAUACAGAAAAAAAAAUAAUAGUCGUGCUGA